AUGUCGAAUUUCUCGAUGUUAAAUUCCAACAAACCGAUAUCUAGUCUUUGCCCCACCAACGGCCGUCACGCCGUUGGGGAUGGGGCUUUCCUCGCUGACAGUGUCCUUGCCGUCUGCCACCUCCAGGGCGAAGACGAUAUCUACUACUACUCCACUACCUUCUCUGGCGGGCCCGGGGUGACGAAAUGCCCUCCUGACAGAGGGUCGUCGGACUGGGUGACAGACAGUCCGGCGCCGAUUUUCUCCGCCUCUCCGUUCCCGCUUGAAUCUACUUCUCCUCAAACGCCGCCCGCGCCCGUCCAUUUCCCAAGAGAUAUCGUCUAUCCUCCCACCCCUCCUCUGGAGCACGCAGAGGCAGGUGCGGACGUCGAGCCGCUGGCCUUCCCGACGUCUGUGCCGCCUACCUCUGCCAUAGCGAUUCCCAAGUCAAUGUCAAGCCGGAUGCAGCUCGCCACGCCCCCGUUGACUCCGGAGAAUACAUACGAUGGCGAGGGUGGAGGCAGCGUAGCAGCGAUCAGCGCCAAGCAGAAGGAUGCAGCGCUCGAUUUCCUGACUGCCCUUUUCCCGCGCAACGGCCUUACCGCUUUACCAUACGCCAAAAGCGUCUCCAUAUCAGCGCCAAACCUCGGCGCCGCAUUCGACGGUGUGGUGCUCAAUCUUCCUGGCCAGCCAAAGACGCUCUAUGUUGAUGGUCAAAGCGCGGAGAAUGUAAACUUGCGAGAGAGUAUUGUUGCUCUCCUCGAUUUGGCUGACGAACGCCUUGAGUGUUCUGCUCUCGUCAUUGCGUUGCCUCGUUCAUCACCUGCUCUUGGCGAGCUACUUCACUCGCUGAUGUAUGUGGGCGGCACUGUCGUCACUAAGCCGCCUUUCGAGGUUGACGCAGCAUAUGUACUCGUCGGGAUGGAAUUGUAG